AUGAACGAACACUACCCAAAGACCGAACGAAUCAAUUCUAGGAUAGCUGGGCAAUUAGUUGAACAGAUUCUAACCAGCAGUUUACAUCAAAUUACUCCCGCUAGAUCAAAACUCAAAACCAGCAAAUUCCGGGAAAGGGUUUUCUUCACUUCACCUCUUACUCCGUCGUUAGGAAGCUCCGGCGUGAAAUAUGCUCACCAUCGUGCGCCUCGUGCUACGUCUCAAUGCGGCCAUGGAGACCCUAGCUACGCCAUCUCUCGGUUCCUGGGACCCCCGCCAAACCUCCCACUCCAUAAAGCCUGUCAGUUCGGAUCUAUUGCGCUGCUUGACUGGAUCUGGAGUGCCAGUUGUACCCGCGCCGUUGACAGAACACCCGGAUUGGCUUUGACCAACUUCUUACGAUUCGACCCGCACUACCACAAGUGGCAGUUCUCCAAAUCGCUGCAAGUAGCCGCUGAUCGAGGAGAUUUACUCAUGGUGCAGUGUUUUUUUACUCAUUUCUCUGGUUGUGAGGCCCCCGCUACCGUCACCGACGGAGCCAAAAAGAAGGGAUAUUUGCGGGUGCUGCGCUUCCUGCGGGAGCACAAGUCUGGAGCCGAAAGCCAAGACACUGAUCGCCAAAGUUGCUCUGUACGCUUCUACGACGGUGCUUCCUGUUGGACGGAUGAAACGAUCCGGAUGGCAUGCGAGAAUGGGCAACUCGCUCAGUGUCUGGACGAAGGCUUGCGUCUCAAGGCAGCAGAAGAGGAAGUCGCUAUCAAACACGCUCUGAAUAUUGGGAAACUUGAGUUGGCGCAGCAGCUUGUACCCCCAGAUCGAAGCAUAUUUGACUAUGUUUCUGGCUGCACGCGCGUUGAAGUGAUCGAGUGGCUACUCGAGUGUGGGUAUCUGCAGCGGGAUAAACGUCUCGCUAUGUCAAUGAUGCCACCUCUAGCUUGCGCGGGGCGCUUGGACCUCCUGCAGAGCAUUACCAAGCUGUACUCUCGAUUCCCACGACAUCAUGAGUACUGCGUGUCUCUCUGGAUCGACGCUUUGGAGAUGGCUUGUCGACAUGGACAACUUCCAGUUGUGCAGCUGCUCGUAGGGCAUCCGUUGUGGAAAGUGUGUGAGUGCAUAAAGAACGAGAGGGUCUGUCUUCUAUCUGCUGCAGCUGAAGGAGGAAACACAGACGUGAUGAAAUUCCUGUACUCUCAAGGACUCGUCGUUGAAUUUCUGGAGCCUAUGGACACUGCUAUCAGCAACGGCCAAGCGGGAUCGAUCAAA